AUGCUGCUCAUCGGAAAAUCCUUGGUGAUAGUUUUAGUUUUGGCCAUUAUUCUUCAAGAUGUCGCCGGAAUAAGAGUUGCGAAAAAAAGUGAAGCGAAGCGUGCAAUGGAAGCCGUCAAGGACUACGCCACUAUGACAAAGAACGCAAUGGAGUCUUUGCCAAAAGUGCGCAACCGUAGAAUGAUUCCUACCGCCCCUCCCAUUCCUCCAGAAUUCAAGCUUCACAAAUGA